AUGGCUCAAACCGCAAACGCAGCUUCAACCCAUCUCAAGCCUACUGAAAUGGGUUCUGAGAACGCGCCUGCUUCUGUCCGUGGCUCUAUCUCCGCCACCACUGUUGUCAACAAAAUACCAGGCCGGUCUGAUCUUCCAGAAGAGGCCAUCUCCAACCCCCAUCAUGUUCUCAAGCGUGGCUCUGUCGUAGGCUUCAAGAAUCCCUACCCUUCGCAUUCAUUUAGUCCCAACUUUGGUACCAUGGUCCGAAGAAUCUGGUGGCCAUCCUUUACCGGCGACCUCAAGAAGCCUGACUUAUCACCUCCUACUGUACCGGUUGUCAAGCCCCAGUGGAAUGUUGAGCGCGAAACCACCGAUAAGAUUCGUGCGACAUGGCUAGGCCAUGCUUGCUACUAUGUCGAAUACCCUUCCGGUCUGCGCGUUCUCUUCGACCCUGUCUUUGACGACCGAUGCUCCCCGUUCAGCUUCAUGGGCCCCAAGCGAUUCACACCCAAGCCCUGCGAUAUCAAGGACAUUCCAAUCGUCGACGCUGUUUUUAUCAGUCAUUCUCACUACGAUCACCUUUCGCACUCCUCCAUUCUUGAGGUUCAGAAAUACCACCCGGAUGCCCAAUUCUUCGUCGGCCUCGGUCUGGAGACAUGGUUUCGCAAAGCAGGCAUCAACCAUGUUACUGAGCUCGAUUGGUGGGAGGAUGCCGAUCUAACCGUAACAGCGAAAGAAGGGGAUCUCACUCGCGAAAUCAGCGCUAGAAUCACCUCGUUACCCUCGCAGCAUGGCUCGGCGCGAACCCCUUGGGACCGUGAUAGCACUCUUUGGUGUUCGUGGGGCGUUAAAUCUGGCGACAAGUCGGUCUGGUUCGCCGGUGACACAGGCUACCGAUCUGUCCCAGAUCUCCCCGCUGGAACUGAUGAUUACAGCGCCGAGUAUGACCAUCUGCCGAGAUGUCCACAAUUCAAGCAGAUUGGCGAGUUCCGCGGACCUUUCGAUCUAGGCCUGAUCCCAAUUGGUGCUUAUCACCCUCGUGCGGCUUUUUCGCCCGUGCAUGCCGAUCCUCAGGAUGCUGUUGAGAUAUUCCGUGAUACGAAGUGUAAGCGUGCCAUGGGUAUACACUGGGGCACUUGGGCGCUCACUUUGGAGGAGGUGAUGGAACCACCGAAGGUGCUCAAGCAAGCUUUGCUUAAGAGAGGCCUUCCAGAAGUGGGUGUGUUUGAUGUAUGUGAUAUUGGUGAGGCACGAGAAAUUUAG